AUGCGGCUUAUCGCAGCCCAUGUGGCCGCCACAACACGCGACUCCUCCGAGAGCGCCAGCAUCACUGUAGAGAGGAACGCCUCAUCGGUGGCGACGCACCGCUCCGCACCGGACGCCGUCGCCGCAGACCACGCGUACAGAAGCACGUCACACACGCGGGACCGCGCAUCCACGCAUGUCAUGAGAAGAUUCCCACACAACCGUAGCACAGUGUGCAGCAUGUGCGGCACCCGCUGCAGGAGCUCGCGGCUCCACCAAUCCUUCACAAUGCACUCAAACAGCAGCACAAGCAGCGCACGACGGGACCCGCGGUGGACAUCGUGCGUGAGGGAGACAUACAAGCGCUGCAGCAGCACGUACGCGUGGUCACCGGCGUCGCUUGCAAAGAAAGUCUCAACCGCCGACACCUCGCCUAGAAGGGACUGGUGCCCCGCCAGCACUCCCGCUGCUGCCGGCAUUGGCUCCACCACCGCAUCGGCGUGUGUCGUGGACGCAACGGCCAUCUCGCAGAGCAUCGCCACCGCGUGCCGCAGUUGCCGCACCUCCACGACCGGCGCCAGUGUGCCGACGAGGUCGACGAAGCGACACAAAAUGGCGUCCGCGUUUCGGCGUACAAGUGGGGUGUGGCGCGACGAGAGAGUCGUGCGUAGCCACUCCAACGCAACAUGUGCGGCAUUGGCAACAUCCGGCAACUCCGGCGGCGGCCGAUUCCCACCACGCAUGCCGCGCCGCUUCGACCCCGUCGCAAAGGCCAGCAGGCGCGCCAUUAUGUCCGGAAAGUACGCAACGACGCAGUCCACCAGCAUCGAAGGAGUACGUGUGGGUUGCACGGUGUUGUUGCCGCUGUCGUCGGCGGCGUUCGCGUGGCACGCAGCCAGUCGCCACAGCAGAUCGCUGGGCUGCAGAAACACCGAGACAUCCUCCUCACUGCCACGCCGUGCACUGCAAAGCAAGGCGAGCGGGACCAGUGUGGGCAUCAGCGCACACCACAUAUUCCGCUGCUUGCUGUAG